CCAUCUAUGAGUGAAAUCCGCGAUAUAUGUUUUAGCAAUACGUAAUAUGUUUUAGCAAGAUUGGGUGAACGUAGAAUAUUGGAUAUACCACAACUUAUUUCCGAAUAUGUGUGAAAUCACGAAUUACUCUAACUCCCAUAUAUAUAUAUAUACUAGCCUAAACUCACGGCUUCGCUUGCGAUCAAAAUAGGAAGGAUUAAGCAUCGAUUGUAAUGUGAUAUGUGAGGAUACCUAUAACUUACCGACUGAACAUAGUAGUUACAGCGUACAACUGUGCAGGAGGAGAGCAGAAGAGGACACGUCACAUGUUCUAUGUCUAAUGCAGAUUAUAGAUCACCAAGAAAGUCACGAAGUCAUCGCAGAUGAUGAAACCGUUAAAGAACAUUCAGUAAACUGUAAUAAUAGUAAAACGAAUUCCUUAAGUAAGGAAAGCUCUUUAAAUAUCAGUAAAAACUGUAGUAAAGAAAAUGUAAAGCAAAAUCAACAUUUAUUCGCUGACGUUUUUGAAAUACCUGGAAUAAAAGAAAAGGAAGGGGUCAAAGAAUUUGGAGCACUAACACUAUUAGGAGUAAUGCUGUUACUUUUUAUAAUAAGUAUCACUGGAUUUUUUAUCAUGUGGUUUACAGAAUAUUAUAACGACACGAUGCUUUCGCAAAUAAUUUUGAAAAAUGACUCUGAAAGCACCAAAAAUUGGAUGAAUCCAAAUACUAAAUAUGAUACUCUACUAAAGGUGCAUAUAUUCAACUACACAAACAUUGACAAAUAUUUCGCUGGAGUCGACGAUAAAAUAAAAGUUGAGGAUAUUGGUCCUUUAACAUAUAAGGAACAUACAACAAAAGUAAACGUUUCGUUUAAUAAAAAUUACACUGUAACAUUUAGGGAUCAUAGAACUUACCAGUUUCUACCCGAAAAAUCUGAAUGUGGAGAACGUGACAUAUUUGUGCUUCCUAACGUGCCCCUAAUAAGUGCUUCUACUAAAAUUGAAAAAAUUAACAUAUUGAAGAAAAUUAUAGCGAUAAAUUUUAUUAACGCAUAUGACGAAGGUGCUUUUAAGACUCUUACGGCACAUGAUUUUUUGUGGGGAUAUCGUGAUCGCAUUGUAUCAUUGGACAUUGGAACAGGGUCAACUCACUUCGGCUUAUUAAUGAAUCGAAAUGGAACUAGUGUGGACUCUCUACAAAUAAAUACGGGUGAAGACGAUAUUCGAAAAUUUAGUAUAAUUACGCAGUUCAAUGGUCAACCUCUUCUAGACUUCUGGGCAGAUCAGAAAUGCAAUCGUGUUGAUGGUUCAGAUGCUUCAAUGUUCCCGCCUCAUAUUUUAAAUACCAGAGAAGAUUUGCAAGUUUUUUUGCAAGUACUUUGCAGGAAAAUUCCUCUUUCUUUUGAAAAAGAAGUUACAAUUCUUAAUAAUAUUGACGCUUUUCGUUAUCGAACGCCAUUGAAUGUUUUCUCUAGCCCAGAAAAUAAUCCAGAAAAUGCAUGCUACUGUCACAAUACUCAAGUGUGCUUGCCCAGUGGAGUCAUAAAUGCCACUAAAUGCUAUAAUGGAGCUCCUAUAUUUCCAUCCUUUCCACAUUUUUUCUCCGGAGAUCCAAACAUUUACAAAGAUUUUGAUGGAAUCAGACCUUCAAGGGAAUUACAUCAGACUUAUGCUGAUAUCCACCCAAGAUUUGCAUUUCCUAUAAGUGGUGCUUCGCGAAUACAAAUCAAUAUUGCAGUCCAUAAAGGUUCAAUUUUGAAAAAUAAAUUGGAUCGAAUUGAGAAGGCACCAUAUUACCUCUUAUAUGGAUAGAAAUAACAUCAGGGACUUUACCGAUGAGAUAAUAGAUAAUCUCUAUAUAAGCACCUUCGAUGAAGCCAUCCAAUAUGCUUUGAAAUAUGGCACAUUAUUUGCUUGCAUUAUUUUUUGCACUCAUUGUUGGAGGAUUUUAUAAUUUAACUCAAAAACGAAGACAAGCACGCUAAUCCAACACCAAGUAAAACGUAAAUAAAAAAACAAAAGUAGAUAUUAAGAACUAAUGCAAAAUAAAAGCUUGUAAAUAUGUACAUAAAUAUUACUCGUUAACCCCAAGUUUUAAAACUUGUUCUUAUUUGUUAACAUUAUAAUAAAGUCCGAAUAUUCGAGGAGAAUACUCACAUUUUCAAAGAUUUUGACAUUUCUUAACUAGCAAUCCACAUAGUUUAACAGCUGUAACAACUCUAGAAAUCAAACAAAUCGUUUUAAAUCAAUUGUAAAACAUAAACCGGCUUGGCUGGAAUAUUUCUUCAUGACAGUAAAACUUAAAAUGAUCUCGUCAAUUGUAAAUAAUUUACCUAAUGACUACUUAUUAAAAAGAAAUCUAACUAUUUUAGUAUAUAUUAAUAUAAAAAUAUAAUAAAUAUGAUUAUUGUAUUCGUGCCAAAUGAACAAAUUGCCAAAAUAAAUUUACCUACUCG